AAUAGUUCGCCAUUGUCGAGACUGGCCAAUUCUCCUCCCGAUCCCCGACCAAGUGCCGUCUAUCUUGCUGGUCCACGCAUUACAGCAGAGCGUCACACAUACGCGAGGUAGUGCACGCCAACUUCUUCGAAGUUAAUUCAGAACCCUCGUUUGUUUCGCCUCAUUAUCUCCUCGCAGUCCCUCCACACAUUGCUGCCCGCAUUCCCCGCCGUCCCUCUCGCAAAGUCCCUCAUUGCCUGCACGCGAGCUCACGCCGAGCGAUGGGUCGCUUCGCCGACUUGUGCGAGUUUCUGCUGCCCGACGAAGGCGAGGAGGCGUCCUCAGAAUCAGAAUCAAAAUCAGGAUCGGGAUCAAAAUCGGACAGUGUAGCGGCUACAGCAUCGCCGUCGUCGCACAAGGAGCGGGGCGUGGGGAGUAAACGAGCGGCGCGGAUGUGGUGGGGCGCAUGCGCGCUGGUGAUAGGAUUCGCGGUGCUGGUGCGCCUCUGCACCGGACUGCACCCAUACUCGGGCAUGCACACCCCGCCUCGCUUCGGCGACUACGAGGCGCAGCGGCACUGGAUGGAGAUCACGGUCAACCUCCCUCCCUCGCAGUGGUACCGCAACUCGUCCGUGAACGACCUGAGCUGGUGGGGCCUCGACUACCCGCCGCUCACCGCCUGGCAGAGCCGCGCGCACGGCUGGGUGGUGCGCUGGUUCUGCCCUGACGCUGUGGCCCUGGGGACGUCCCAGGGAUACGAGUCGGCGUAUAGCAAGGCGCUCCUGCGCUGGACGGUGCUCUCCACGGACCUCCUCGUCUUCUUCCCCGCCGCCCUCGCCUUCGCCUGCUCGCCCUUCGUCCGCAGCCUCUCCCCGUCCACCUCUCGGCCCGCGGCCCACCGCCUGUGGGUGCUGGGCAUGCUGCUGCUGCAGCCGGGACUCAUUCUCAUCGACCACGGCCACUUCCAGUACAACAGCAUCAGCCUGGGCCUGUCGCUAGCAGCAGCCACUGCCAUCAUCUCACGGCACUACCUCAUUGGGAGUGCGCUGUUCUGCUUCGCCAUCAACCACAAGCAUAUGGCGCUCUACUUCGCCCCGGCCUUCUUCGCACAUCUGCUGGGUCGCUGCCGCCAGGCACCCCGCCCUGUGCUCAUGUUCCUCUCGCUCGCCGCCACCGUGCUGCUCUCCUUUGCACUCCCCUGGGCGCCCUUCCUUGAUUCUCCCGACUCAGUGCUCCAGGUUGUCACCCGUCUGUUCCCCCUGGGCCGCGGGCUGUACGAGGACCACGUGGCCAACUUCUGGUGCGCCACGUCGCCGCUCAUCAAGUGGAAGCAGCUCUUCUCCACGCCCGUCCUCGCGCGCAUCGCACUGGCCGCCACUGUCGCCUCCGCCCUGCCCUCCAUGCUGCACCAGGUGAUGCGGCCGUCAGCGCACGGGUUGGUGCUGUGCAUGCUCAACUCGUCUCUGGGCUUCUUCUUCUUCGCCUUCCAAGUGCACGAGAAGUCCAUUCUGCUGCCCCUACUGCCCGUGUCCAUGCUGGCCCUGCACCACCCGCACCUGCACCGCUGGUUCACCACCGUGGCCGCCGUCAGCAUGUUCCCCCUACUGCUCAGAGACCGCCUCGAGAUCGCUUAUGUGGCACUGCUCGCACUCUUCCUCCUGCUCUCGCCCCCUCCCCCCCCCACCUCCCCAUCAUCCCCAUCCCCAUCCCCAUCCUCAUCGCCGUCCUCCUCUCAACACUCCACGCAUCAGCGCAACUACCGCCGCCGCCUCUUGACUCUCCUCCACAACUCCUGGGCGCACUUGCAGCCGUACCUAGUCCCACUUUUGGCAUUGGCCGCGGCAUUUCUGCACUAUGCAGAGACGGCCCUCCCGCCGCCCCCGCGCUUCCCGUACCUGUACCAGGCGCUCACUGUCACCCUGGCCUUUGCAUGCCUGGCGCCGGUGAUGGUCGUGAGCAACCUGUGGCAAUGGGGCGUGGAGGCGGACGGGUUCCGGUUAGAUGGCGGGGGCAGAGAUGGGGACAGGAGGAGGGGUACCAGUAGUAAGAAGAAACAUGAGUAAUGCUGUGGGUGCUUUACGGAUUCUCCUGUGUUCCUGGAGUGCUUCUAUAAUAGGGUGUAGAUGGAUAGCCCGCCCUCAUCUCAAUG